GUCCAUUGGGCCACAGCUUGUGUUGAGAAUGACAUUAGGAGCUGAAAUUACUAGCCAGCUCAAGGCUUCUUCAUCCAUAGCAUCAGGCCGAAACCUUUUGAGAUGGGACCUGUCACCAGAGCAAAUUAGAACAAGAACAGAAGAACUAAUCAGGAAGACAAAGCAUGUAUAUGACAGUGUCGGGAUGCUUGAUAUUGGAGAAGUAACACAUGAAAAUACGAUACGGGCCUUGGCAGAUAUAGAAGUGGAAUACGCAGUGGAAAGAAGCAUGUUGGAUUUUCCCCAGCAUGUCUCACCUGACAAAGAGAUACGCUUAGCAAGUACAGAAGCUGACAAAAAGCUUUCUAGUUUUGAUGUGGAGAUGAGCAUGAGAGAAGAUGUGUUUCAGAAGAUUGUUUAUUUGCAGCAAACCUGCGAUCUUGAGCAUGUAAAGCCUGAAACAAAGCGAUACCUAGAGAAAUCGGUUCAAGUGGGAAAAAGAAAUGGACUCCAUCUUCCUAAAGAAGUGCAGAAUGAAAUAAAGACGAUGAAGAAAAAAUUGAGCGAGCUGUGUAUAGACUUCAACAAAAACCUGAAUGAGGAAAACACAUUUCUUGUGUUUUCUAAGGAAGAACUUGAAGGCCUUACUGAUGACUUUAUUAAGAGUUUAGAGAAGACUGAGGAAGACAAAUAUAAAAUUACUUUAAAGUAUCCCCACUAUUUUCCUGUCAUGAAGAAGUGCUGCAUUUCAGAAACCAGGAGAAAAAUGGAAUCUGCUUUUAACUCGAGAUGCAAAGAG